AUGUCAUUGUAUUUGCAAUCGACUACUCGUGAACAAGAAAUACUUGCAGAUGAAAUUAAAAAUAUUAUUGUAGGUUUUCCAAAAGAAGAAAAUAAUGAAAUAAUGAUUGAUACUGAAGACGAUGCAGGUUAUAUUGAAUUUAAACGAUAUAAUGAAUUACGUGAAAAACGAUAUAACUUAGAAGCUGAUCAAUCCUUUUAUUUUUUAGAGAUAGAGCGAGUCGAGGGCGAACUCGACGAACAAGAAGAAAUCAUUUCACCGACUCACACGGUCGUUGGGCGAGGAUUUCUCGCUCCAACCAUAAUGAAUGAAGUAAAAGCAAAAUUAACCGAGGACGAAUAUCAAUUAUUAAAAUUAGGUCCUCGAUUUAUUUAUAAUGAUUCAAAAGCGGCUUCGAGACGACGCGCAAUUGAGUUGGCUGUAUUAAAACGAAAAAUUGCUACUCGAUUUUUCGAAAAAAAAGUGAACCCCGGUAAACCUGUUGAACAAUUUAUAGCCGAAUUGGAUAGUUUAUUAAAGAAUUUACAUGAUAUACUUGCUAGAAAAGCAACUCGACAACAUGAACAACAACGUGAAAUAAUUUCUUAUGGCAAUUUAUUACAAACAAUUCAUUUGAACCAGUGUCAAAUUACGAAACGUUCAAUUAGUACUGAAAAAAAGAAAAAUUAUUCUAGAUUGGUUAAACGAUUAAAACAAAAGCUUCGUUCUGCUAGUAAAUUGCAAGAUUGUCACAAAAAAUCAGAUGAAUAUAUGGAAAGAGCGGAAGCAUAUGAAUGUUUACAUCAAAAUGAUCCAUUGCCAAAUUUAAUUGAACGUACAAAUAAAUAUUUAUUAAAUUUAAGAUUGAAGCAUUGGAUUACACAGAGACAAUAUGAACAAUGA